UCAACUUGGAAAAGGGCUGACGAAAGGCGACACAACUUGGAAGAAAUUUAAACCCUGUUCAAGUUCCUGGGAAAACUCCCUCUAAUUUUGAAAGCUUUCUAAGCGCACAGAAAUUCAGAGAGCCGCGGAAUCUGGAAAAUUAAGGAAAGGAGCCUUCGUGUUCGUGAUGACGCAUAUGUGAAUGGCGUAGUUGUGUUAUUUCGAUGUUCUUUGUGUUGCAAGGAUUUAAGCUCGAAUGGACAUUGGUUUUGCCGAAAUGGGGCUAAAAAUAUGAAAUCCAAGUGGAAAGUGGGUAUCGUGAAUUAUUUUUCGAAACACAGAAGGGAGGGAAGAACUUUCCGCUUUCGCUGUAACGUUUUUUGUCUUAGGAAUCCGCCAAGACAUACUGUCAUAAGAAAGUAACGAACAAAAUAUGGCAGGUUUUCGGACGCAGUACACUCGAUUAAAUUCAAAUUCAGAUGAUCCUGAAGAGGACUUACCUCCACAAGGUUUCGAUAUCGGCACCCGGGGAGUUGAGGAAGUCGAGAAAGGGCGUUGGAAUCACAUUGAGAAUCUUGAUGAAUUCUUCAUACGGAUAUAUGAAUAUCACAGGAACAAUGGAUUUGUUUGUAUUCUCCUGAAGGAAGUCUUCGAAUUAAUUCAAUUUGUGUUUGUGGUUUUAUUUACCUCUUUCUUGGUGCUUUGUGUGGAUUAUAACACCUUGUUUAAUCACAAACAACCUUCCUUUUCAAAUGUGGUGUAUUUCCACAGAAUAGAACACAUGGAGCCUGCAAUAAUGGCUUGUCUGGUCAUUGCUUUUAUUUUUUGGUUGAUACGUGUGGCUAGAAUUGUAAUUCAUUUCUUUAAGCUUCUGGAAAUCCGAGCAUUUUAUAAGGAUGCACUUAGAAUAUCAGAGAGUGAACUAACAAACCUACAGUGGCAAGAUGUUCAGAAACGAUUGAUAGAAGUGCAAAAAGUUCAUCAAAUGUGUGUUCAUAAGGAGGAAUUGUCAGAACUUGAUAUCCAUCACCGAAUUCUGAGAUGGAAAAACUACCUGCUAGCAAUGCAAAACAAGUCAGUUAUUUCUUGUACAUACAACUUUCCAUUUGUUGGGGAAAGGGCCUUUUUGACAGAGGGUAUGAAGUACAAUCUGAAAAUGAUUUUAUUCUGGGGACCAGGAAGUCCUUUUCAAAACAACUGGAAGCUAAGAGAUGAAUUCAGGAACCCAGCAAACAGGUUUCCCCUGGCAAGUCGGUUGGCAAGACGUAUUUUCUGGAUUGGAAUAGCAAACUUUGUACUUUCCCCUUUCAUCUUUAUCUGGGUUAUUUUAUAUUCCUUCUUUACUUAUGCUGAGAUGGUGAAAAGGGAACCUGAUACGUUUGGUGCCCGCAGAUGGUCAUCUUACGGCAAGCUGUUUUUUCGACAUUUUAAUGAAUUGGACCACGAGAUACAGACGAGGUUAAGUAAGGCUUACGAACCAGCGUCCAAGUAUAUGAAUCUUUUCGUGUCACCUUUUAUGGCCAUCAUAGCCAAGAACAUGGCAUUUUUCGCUGGCGCGAUUUUUGCCAUAUUGACCAUAUUUACUGUCCUGGACAAGGAUGUUCUUUUGGCGGAACAUGUGCUAACUGUUAUAGCAACACUAGGAUUAAUGAUAAGAGGAUGUUACGUUUUUAUCCCUGACGAGAACACUGUGUGGGACCCUGAACAACUGUUAAAACAAAUUGUGUCUCAUACUCAUUAUAUACCUGACUCGUGGAGAGGCAAGGCGCAUACCAGCGAGGUGAGGCAAAAGUUUUCCCAGGUGUUCCAGUAUAAAGCGGAAUAUGUACUUCAAGAGCUGUUAAGCCCUAUUGUUACACCGUUCCUUCUGUGUUUCCACUUGCGGUACAAGUCUCUGGAUAUUGUGGAUUUCUUUAGGAAUUUUACUGUUGAUGUUGUUGGUGUCGGAGAUGUUUGCUCGUUUGCUCAAAUGGAUGUUAAGAGACAUGGAAACCCAGAGUGGCUUACCCAGGGAUUAACGGAAGCAACACAGUAUGAACAGGCCGAACAUGGCAAAACGGAACUGUCGCUUGUGCAAUUUUCAAUAAGGAACCCUACAUGGAAGCCAUCAGAGCAAGGCACUCAGUUCAUUAGCACCAUUCGGGAAAACGCGGUCCAAGAAGGUCUCAACCUGAGCUGCAGCGGUGUAAUGUCGGACGCCAACUCACUUCCAGAUUUAAGAUCAGGCAGUUUUCAAGCGCUACCAUAUAUGAACUCCAUGACCCUCAGCGAUCCGUCCCUCAUUCCUCUAGGGAGUGCUGCUGUCACACCAAAACAGCAGGCCCAAGCAAGAGAGAUGCUCAUGAACUCUAGCAUGAUGUACAUGCAUCAGCUGCGAGAUCGUCAAGCUGAUCAACCGCCCGGCGGGGCAGCUCGUGUUGCCUCCUUGACGUCAGCAGACAGACAACAACCGGGGACAUCUGGGCAGCAUUUUGCAGAAGACGGCAAAACUGAACAAAUUAGAGACGAUGCCCACAUGGUGUGAUAAUGAAGGAUUUUAUUAAAAGAAGAAACUGUUGAUGAGCUUGAAAGUCAAGUCCUAAGGGGGGAUGGAUGAGGAUUAAAACAAAUACAAAGCUGUGAACUCCCCAGUCCAUCGGGUUUUUUCUUAUCCUUUAUCCGAUUUUUUUUGCAAAUAAGGCGGUUUUGUUUAUAUCAGUUUGCUGCUAAGCGAACACCGUCGAAUAUCUUCCUACUCUUAGUGUAAUCUUUGCAUAAUUUUCUUUGCUUUACAAGUUUGGACAAUUUUACUCAGUAUAUCGUCGAAAGGUGGUCAAAAUAUGUUUCAUAGGUGUUUCAAACAAAUUUAAUGUGUGGUGUGCACGUGUAUCAGUCAGGGUUAAGUUAUUUAGCGUGGUGUAAAACUGAACUGUUGUAUAAUUCAUUUUAAUCGCACGGUGGCACUCUAAUGGCUAUGAUCGUUAUUUAAUAUUGUGUUAAUUGGCAUACCAAGCAAAAUAAAGUAGUUUAUUUUUUGUAAA